CUGCAGAGAUCUCUGCAACAUGUAUGCAAUGCAACACACACACACACACACACACACACACACACACACACACACACACACACACACACACACACACACACACACACACACACAAACACACACACACACACACUGUAAUAGGGGGGAAAUCAUUCAACUCAACUCAACAAACAAAGACCCACCCCCCUUAAGGUUCUGUCGCACAUUAAGCGCCGACAUUUAAUGUUGUGUUUGAUCGUCCGAUUAUUUAUGGUCCGCGUCUGCUUUUUACCCUAUCUGAUCCCGCAACCCCUAAAGUCAUAAAGCUAAUGCAUCACGUCUUUGAAACUCGGUGUCCCAUCCCUUCUGAUAGCAUGGCACCCUUGCAUGCAGGAGUGAGAAUGUAAACAUCUUCAACCCCGGUGCAAUAAGGCGAUUCCACCAGGCGCCGGGAGAACGGUUAAAAAACACAGUGUUUAAAUACCGAUCGAAGCAUGAUUAUGCAAAAAUACCGCUUUAACCCGUUACACCGCAGGAGUGUUCGAGGGAGCCCUCCUUGGAAAUAUUAUGUUGUAACACUAUGUUGAUUUGUUAUGCGAAACAAGAGGUGUGAGGGCGUCCCCAGGGGUCAUCAAGAGUCACACACUAGGCAACACAAUAGGCUAAUCUAUAACAUAAUAUAAUGACGAUGAUACGAAUUACCGUUUUAACAUCGCAGGAUUAUCCUGAGAAAUCCUCAAUAUAAAAAGUGGAGAGGUGUUAACGAGGGAUAGGGCCUUAGCAGGAGGGGGGUCGGGGUGUUGUAAAACCAUUUGAUCAGUUUCUGGGUGACUUUUAUGGAGAAACCUGGUAUAAAUAUAGGCGGAGUUGAGGUGUCAGAAUCAACCCGAACCCAGGCCUUCACGCUAGAUCUUCGUCGGACGUUGAAGCAGCAGUAUGAUUCGAGGUAAAGCUCCGGCGACUCUCAUUUCUUUGAUUCUCCUGAAAAUAUGCGCCAACAAAUUUCGUCCGCGUCAGCCCCUGCAUCUCACGCCGCCCGCAGGGCUCGUCUGCCAGAGAGCGCUAGACUCCGUAAGUAUGACCUCUUUUGCAAAAUCAACCAUUAUUAGACUGUAGAACGCUUUGAAACAGUUUUCUUUUUAUGGCAGAUCGCCUUGCGCUACAGCGUUGCCAGAGCCAACAAUUCCAACUGCAGUAUAGGCACCAGGCGGCUCAACAAGCAUUCAACCCCCCCCGACCGGAGAGGCCCUUAAAUUCUUCGGUCAGUUAUUACAUAAUAUGAGCCGAUCAACAUUUGAGCGUGUUGACCAUAACGGCUGUUUUAUUUUUUCAGAAAAAAGACGCUGAGAUCCAUCCGCCGCCACGGACCGAUCACAGUCUCGACGGUGAGUACGGAUAUUGUGAAGCAUGAUUAUAUCGUUUUUAUCCCGCUCGGUUCUGUUGAAAUAAACUCUACUUUUUAUUCACGCAGUAUAAGACGACGUGCUUCUGGAGAUGUCACCGGACCCUGGAGAGAUAUUUACUGCCGGCAAGUGCGUCGUCAAUGCGCUGCCACCCACCCCGGAGCCGUCGCAGCAGCCACAAGAACAAGAACAAGAACAAGAACAACAACAGCGAGAACCGCAGAGCCCCGAAGAGGAGUGUCUAAUCGGCGAGCUGGAACACGUGUUGUCCAGACAGCCGAGCGUGGAGCCUUUAACUUCCGAGAGCGGGGCCCCUGUGCUUCUAGCGGAGCAGAGUGUCCCGGAACAGGCGAGGCGAACCCCUGUGCGUCAGCCGGGGACUCCUCUUCCAAGGGGUCGUUCCGAUUCUGCUUGCCUGGGACUACGAGGGAGGAGGCGAUUCCGAGGAUCGAGGCUGCUCUUCAAUAGGGCCGUUGAGCACAGAUUUGAGAGCGUCGUCUGGAAUGUUAUUGAGAGGAGUCUGAUGAUGAAUGAUUUGCUCCGCACGCUGAUGUGAAAACUGUGCUGGAAUGUCACUCAUUUGAAUAUUAAACAACAAGAUGGCUGAUGAAAACUCUGAUCUCAAUGAUUUACAAGCCGAAUUAGAGGAUUUGUUAACUUUGAUAUCCAAUGGCCAAAGAGGGUUUCGGGGUGUGAACAUAACCACCGAGCAUUUUGAUCGGUUGGAUGAAUUGGUCAAUGAUUUGGUGGCAAGAGUCGGAAGUGUGUCUCCGGUCUACUCCCCGAAUCGCGACUAUGACUUUCCUAGCGGGGGUGAUGAGUAUGUUUCUGAUUUUGAUCGAUUAGAACAGUUUGUAAACCGCUUCAUUGAAAGACUGCAAAAUCCCAGCCAGAGAAAUAAUGAACUCCCGUCAGAGGAGGGCGCACCCGAGUGCGGAGACAAUGACGGAAGCGGGGCCUCCGAUGAAACCAGGAUUGUAACCAGAAACAGUUUCAAUAACUUUGAAAUAAGACGACUGCUUAAUAUCGGGCAGACGGACAAGGUUGAUUACGGACACUUUUGCGGGACUGUUAUAGGGAAUGUUGCCGAGAUGGUGCAGCAGGCUUUAAAUCAGACUCAGCAAGGCAACGUUAUCCAGCUCGAGCUCAGGGGGGACAUGCUGCGAUCACAAGCGGCCGCUGUUGUGUCAGUCGCGGACGGCGUGGAUUUUUCCCAAUUUCAGGACCUGCUGGACGGCGCUGUUCAGUCCAAUAUGGAAGUGUUGACGAAAAGGCUGUUGGAAAAGACCCUAGACUGCGAAAUUGUUCAAAAGAAGCAGAGGUUCAUGUACAUUGUCAACAAUCGGAAUAAUGAGCUCUGUUUUGCCAUCAACCUGGCGCAUCUGCUCUAUCCAGGAAUCACAGACGCCGAGGCUGAAAGGAGGGGGAGCGAACUUCAGCAACGGGCUGGUUUAACCGCACAGACGCCGGUGUGUUUCACGGACGUGGAGAAGUUUGAAAAGCUUGUUCAGCGUCGGAUUGUAAUCUUUUACAGAACAGAUUUGAAGCGCCUCAACACGUUUCACACUGCAAAGCAGCGGCCUGGUAAACCUUUAUACAUGUUUCUUUUCGAGAAUCAUUAUUACGGUCUAAAGAACGCCUGCGCUUUCAUAGGAACGAAAUAUUUGUGCAGUCAUUGCUACACCGGUUAUGAUGGGUUGCUGAAUCAUAAAUGCGAGGGGCGUUGUAACGUGUGUCUUGAUGCUGCGUGCACGGCCACGCGUCCCGCAGCCGGUGGGGGCGUAGUGUGUGAAUAUUGCAACCGCUGGUGUGCCUCGGCCUUUUGUCUUGCAAAAGACAGGGAGAAGGUGUGGCGCCCCGUGGCUCAGAAGCACGCGAGCAUUUGUAACAUGCACAAGAAAUGUCACCGCUGUGGGCUCUUGUAUUACGUCUCACUGAUUAAAAUACCAAAGCCGCACGAAUGUCCGGACGUUAAAUGCUGCAUCUGUGGCGGGGUCAAAUAUGCAGGGGCGACCGAGCCUCACCGGUGCUACAUACAAAGUCUGCCGACUCCUGAAACCACCACAGACAUUCCAAAUAAGAAGUUGUUGUUCUAUGACUUUGAGACGUAUCCCGAUGAGAAUGGCACGCACGUGCCCUUUUACGUCUGCGUGAUGAGGGGCAAUAAUAGCAGCCUGUGGGGUUGUUACGGGCCCGACUGCGCUGUAAAGCUUCUCAGGCGCUACAGGGCUAAAAAGUACAAAGAUUCCGUGUUUUUGGCUCACAAUUCGAAAGGUUUUGACGGGCAUAUUCUUUUGAGCGCCAUGGUGUCGCUGGGGACUAGCCCUCACGUUGUAAUGCAGGGGUCUAAACUGGUAGUGUUCACAGAGCCUCAUUAUAAUCUCAAAUUUAUAGAUUCCAUGAGCUUUCUACCUUUCCCUUUGGCCUCCCUGCCAAAAGCUCUGGGCUUUGAGGAUGCUGAAAAGGGUCACUUCCCUCACAAGUUCAGCUCUAAGGAGAAUCUGAAUUAUGUCGGCCCAUACCCAGCUCCUGAAUAUUAUGGUUGUCAGCAAAUGACUCCAAAGAACCGCGAGGAUUUCAUGGCGUGGUACACCCUAGUCUCCGGCGGGACAUUUAAUUUUAAAGCGGAGGCAAAGCGCUACUGCCAAAAUGACACAGAGAUUCUCAUGAAAGCGUGCUUUGCAUUUAGAGAGUGUUUUGUGAACGGGACGGCUCUAGAUCCCUUCAAGCGAGCAACCAUCGCCUCCGCGUGUAUGUUUGUUUUCAGAAAAUGUUUUCUUAAAGAAAACACUCUCGCCAUUCCCUGUCCGUACGACCACAAGUAUAGCUGCAAGCGCUUCUCAAACGCCUGUGUGCAGUGGUUAGAAUGGGUGAUGUUCAGAGACGGAGUGUUUAUCCAGCACGCUCUAAACAGAGGUGAACGGAGCUUUGGACGCUUGCGGGUGGACGGCUAUUGUGAGUCAGGCGGGGUGAAGGUCGUGUAUGAAUUUCUGGGCUGCUUCUACCACGGCUGCUUGGAGUGUUUCACAGGCAGUUCACGCCUUAACGGGGAAAACUUUUGAAAGAAUGCACGUUGAGACGCAGGAGAGAUUGACAGAGUUGAGGUCAUAGUACGGGCUCUGUGUGAUUACCAUAAAGGAGCACAACUGGGAUCUGCUGAAAAAGUCGCACCAGGGUGUGAAAGCGUUCCUAAAAGCAUACAAGGCCCCUGAGCCUCUAGCCCCACGCGAUGCUCUGUACAGGGGGCGCACAUGCCCCGUGACGUUGAGAUACUCUGCG